UUACUUCAUUGUUGAAUCGAUCACUAAAUUAAUUAUGCACACCUUGUUGAAUGAAUGAGUAAUUAAUUAUGGGUAUCUCUGUGGUAUGGUGGAUCCUCAGUGAAUUUAUAGUCUACUUUUUUCGAAGCAGGGAGGUUGUGUUUGGAGAGGACGAAAAAAAUGCCGCUUCGUCUGGAGAUCAAGAGGGAACUUGCACAGCGUUCUGAUCGUGUGAAGAGUGUCGAUCUUCAUCCGACGGAACCAUGGAUUCUGGCCAGUCUGUACAGUGGCAAUGUGUAUAUGUGGAACCACCAGACGCAGACUCUAGUCAAGUCCUUUGAGGUGACGGACCUUCCCGUGCGAUCCGCCAAAUUCAUUGCUCGAAAAGAGUGGGUCGUCGCCGGCGCAGAUGACAUGUUUAUCCGAGUGUACAAUUACAACACGUCGGACAAGGUGAAAAACUUUGAGGCGCAUACCGACUACAUACGAUGUGUGGCGGUGCAUCCGACCCUUCCCUAUGUGCUGUCGUCGUCUGACGACAUGCUGAUCAAGAUCUGGGAUUGGGACAAGGGGUGGGUGUGCACGCAGAUCUUCGAGGGGCAUGCCCACUAUGUGAUGCAUGUGGCAUUCAACCCAAAGGACACGAACACCUUCGCGUCGGCGUCUUUGGACAGGACUAUCAAGGUGUGGAGUUUAGGAAGCGCGAAUCCUAACUUCACGCUCGAGGGGCACGAGAAGGGUGUGAACUGCGUGGACUAUUUCGGUGGCGGUGACCGACCCCAUUUGAUAUCGGGUGCGGAUGACAAGCUUGUGAAGGUGUGGGAUUACCAGACGAAGAGCUGUGUGCAGACACUGGAGGGGCACGCACACAAUGUCUCUGCGGUCUGCUUCCAUCCGGAGCUGCCUGUCAUCAUUACCGGUUCGGAGGACGGCACCCUACGGGUGUGGCACGCAUCCACGUACAGACUGGAGAACACGCUGAAUUAUGGGCUCGAGCGCGUGUGGACAAUCGGUGCCCUCAAGGGGUCCAACGUGGUUGCAAUUGGUUAUGACGAGGGUACGGUGAUGAUAAAGAUUGGGCGAGAGGAGCCAGUGGUGAGCAUGGAUGGGAAUGGUAAAAUUGUGUGGGCAAAGCACAAUGAAAUCCAGACUGUUAAUGUCAAGACCGUGGGUGCAGAUGUGGAGAUGAACAACGGUGAAAGAUUGCCUCUUGCGGUGAAAGACCUGGGCAGUUGCGAUCUUUACCCGCAGAGUCUGAAACACAACCCGAAUGGACGUUUCGUGGUUGUCUGUGGGGAUGGCGAAUAUAUCAUUUACACGGCGCUCGCCUGGAGGAACCGCUCCUUUGGCUCUGCUCUCGAUUUUGUCUGGUCGAUUGACGGAGAGUAUGCCGUCCGCGAGAGCACGUCGAAGAUCAAGAUCUUCAACAAGUCGUUUCAGGAGCGAAAGAGCAUCCGGCCCAUGUUUCUGGCGGAGGGCAUCUUCGGCGGUGCUUUGCUCGCCGUACGGUCGAAUGAAUUUGUCUGCUUCUAUGACUGGGCCGAGUGCCGAGUGGUUCGGCGUAUUGAUGUCGCUGUGAAGAACAUUCUGUGGUCCGAUAGCGAGGAGCUGCUGGCGAUCGUCUGCGAGGACAGCUUCUUCAUCUUGAAGUUCCAUCGUGAUGCGGUCGCCGCGCAUCUCGAUUCCGGAAGGCUGGUUGACGACGAGGGAAUAGAGGAUGCGUUCGAGCUACUACACGAGGUGCCGGAAAAAGUUGUAACUGGCCUUUGGGUCGGCGACUGCUUCAUUUAUAACAAUGCGCAGCUGCGUCUCAAUUACUGUGUUGGGGGAGAAGUGACAACCAUGUUCCACUUGGAUCGGCCGAUGUACCUCCUCGGGUAUCUUGCAAAUCAAAGCAGAGUGUAUCUCAUCGACAAAGAGUUCAGCGUCGUGAGCUACACGCUGUUGCUCAGCCUGAUCCAGUACAAGACGCUUGUUCUCCGUGGCGACAUGGAGGCUGCGGCGGCGAUCCUGCCGACCAUACCCAAGUCCGAUUGGAACACUGUGGCGAGGUUUCUGGAGGCGCGGGAGCUGCUUGAGGACGCCCUUCGGAUCGUGACGGACCUGGACUACAAGUUCGACUUGGCGUUGCAGCUCGGCAAUCUGGAUUGCGCACGUGAGGUUGCCGAGGAGAUGGGAACGGAAGUGAAAUGGAGACAGCUGGGAGAACUCGCAAUGUCUGCGGGAAAGUUUGAGCUUGCACAGGAAUGCCUCUGCAACGCUGUCGAUUUAAGUGGGCUGCUGUUGCUGUCGACGGCUAUGGGUAAUGUCAAGCGCAUGGAGGACCUCGGGCGGAUGGCGAAGGAGCAGGGAAAGAGCAACGUCGCCUUUCUGUGCUUGUUCCUGUCAGGGAAAGUUGAUGAGUGUGUAAGGCUUUUGUGUGCAAGCGGUCGCAUUCCGGAGGCUGCACUGAUGGCGCGAACGUAUGCUCCAAGUAUGGUCUCCGAGGUUGUCGAUCUCUGGCAUAAAGACCUGAGGAGAGUGAAUCAGAAAGCAGCAGAGUCGCUUGCCGACCCCUCGGAGUACCCAAACCUCUUUCCCAAUUUUGAAUGGGCCUUGAAAGCGGAGGAGCAGUUCAAGUUGUCGCGUGCACAUUUGGCGCCGGCGUCUGCGUAUUCGGAGAUGGCAGACAUUACUCUGCGGGAUCCUAUUGCGGAGAUAAGGGCAGCGCUUGAAGAGGGAAUGCUGCCGGUGACGGAAAAUGGCCAUGAGGGACAGGAAGAUCAGGAUGGUCCAUACAUGAGUCCGGAAGAAGACCUUGGAGAGGAUGACUACGAAGAAGUGGAGAAAAAUGUAGAGAGCGUGGAUAUCAGCGCUCCUUUAGAAGCCCGACCAUAAUUCUGCAGAAGAUGAAUGUGGCGUUGCAGCCGUUAUCGUUUCUCACCAGCAUUGUUCAUCUGCUCUGUUGUUCGCCGUAUGACGUUGCUUGCAUUGGGUGUCUGUCACCGGUGGUUUCAAUUUGCUGAACUCAGUGGGGUUCAUUGGCUGCCAGUUUGUUUUGUAUAUACUUUGCAAUGGUCCUGUAGGUCCAUGGCACCUAUGGUUGACCUUUCCUUCUGCGGUGCACCAAACCUAAAGCUUCAGAGGUUCAAUCUCUGAAGAAAUUGAGUUGCUAUCAGUAGCCAAGGACAGGGUUGAGGAAACCCAUUCAUUAGCGCAGAGCUGAUGAUUAACUGCUGUAGAUCUAUCCGAGAGCAAUCCGGAGCUGUUCUGGGCCAUGUUAGCAUCAGACAGUGAUAAGUUUCUCCCCCCCCAUACCCCACUUUGUGUGAAGGAUUUUAUUCCACUUAACCGUGCAUCCUCCCCCCCCCCUCCCCAACCCGCAACCCCUUUGUGAAGGAUGUAGGCAUGUAUGUAAGCCUAAUCAUUCGAUCCCUCCGCCUCUUCCCCCCCUUUCCCCCCCACCCCCCCCAAGGCAUGUAGUGGGCCUGCGCAUUUUCGAUUCCCAAAAGAAGAAAAGAAGAAAACCAAAAACAAAUGAUAGUGAUUUACGCGUUCCUUGCGCCUUUGUGACGUGAUAGCAAUAAGCUUGUGCUUUAGCGCACAUUGUGUGACACGUUGUGUGACAGUCAGUAGUAGUAACUACUGUUGGCCCUUUCUUUCUUUUUCUUUUUCUUUUUUUUUUUCCGGAGGGCGCAGGAGGGAAACACCGUUGGCACUUCAUCCUUGUUUGGAAGGUUAUCUCGGCGUUGAGUUUGAGAUCGGCUUCUUCAGCCUUCUUGUCUUUGGGCGCAAAGUUCCUUUUUUUUUUCCCCCCCACUUGAGGACGCGAUACGAGCGCGCUUUCCUACAGUGACCCUCCACGUUAAGGCUCCAUCUAUAUUGGUCCAUUGGAGGGGAGCUGUUCGUAAUAGCACUUGAAAGUCUGGUUCAUGACGAAGGCUCCAUGGAGAAAGGAAGAAGUUGCACACAUUGUGACGGACGGUCGGCAGCGACUUAACACCACCAGUCUCAGGUGGGAUCCUCCACAGAGUGUGAUCGUUUACGUGGAGGCCCCACUUUCAAUGCAGCGGCCUGCAAGCAGCCGGUUCGAUAGGUGCGGGAGUGGAAAAUUUGAUUCGGGAGAAAAACGGGGGGUGGGUUAAGUGUAUUUUCUGUUGGGACACUUUUCUGUCACAUGUUUACUCAGCAGUCUCAACGAGGUUUCUUCUGGAUGGGGCCUUUUGUGGCACACGUUUUCUCGGCGGUCGAGACAAGGUCUCAUUACCAACGGGCCCAGGUCAGCUGGCACACCCAUGAACUGUUGAAGUACAGACCUGAGUUUGAAUCCCAACGGAUUCAGAUGAGGAAAAUAAGUGUCUGAAUUUACCCUGGGGCUGCCUGGUCAUUUUGAAGCUGACAUCUCAAGGUCCUCUCUCUCUCUCUCUCUCUCUCUCUCUCUCUCUCUCUCUCUCUCUCUCUCUCUCUUUAAGGUUUCAUUGGGAUGUGGAUAUGGUCAUAAGGGGAGAUAACAGGAGUCUUGUGCAGGUCUCUCUCUCUCUCUCUCUUCUUUUUUAAGGUUUCAUUGGGAUGUGGAAAUCCAUUGGAUAUGGUUAUAAGGGCAGAGGACAGGAGCCUUGUGCAGGUCCUCAAUAAGUAUCUUGAACUAUCUUCAUCGAUGCCGAUCUUCGCCGAACAUUUGGGGGUUGAUCUUCUGGAUGAAAGGUGCCUCCGUGACAAGAGGCAGCUAAUGAAACAGAAUUGGCGUU